GUGGGUGUGUGGACGGUCACGUGACCUGGCCUGCUGUCACGCGUCUAUAAAUCCACGUCUGUAUAUUUAGCCGGCCCUUCGCCGCCACACCGCUCCACCGAGUCGGCUGCACGGCUAUUGGCGUCGACUUCUCGCUCCCCGCCGUCAUCUUCAUCAUCAUGGCCGAUGAGGCUUUUGUCACACUUGCCACCAAUGACAGCUAUGCCAAGGGGGCCAUGGUUUUGGGAGAAUCCUUGAGAGGCCACCAUACAACAAGGAAGUUGGCGGUUCUCAUUGGUCCACAUGUGUCAGAGCAAUUCCAGUCGGUGCUAAAGCAGAUCUACGAUGAGGUGAAGCUGGUGAACGUGCUGGACAGUGGUGACACGGCACACCUGGCGAUGAUGAAAAGACCUGAGUUGGGUGUCACCUUCACCAAGCUACACUGCUGGACGCUGACGCAUUACUCCAAGUGUGUUUUCUUGGAUGCAGACACGUUGGCGCUUUCAAAUGUUGAUGAGCUUUUCGACAGAGAAGAACUAUCAGCAGCUCCAGAUCCUGGCUGGCCUGACUGCUUCAACUCCGGCGUGUUUGUUUUCCAUCCCUCAGAGGAGACGUACAACAAACUGCUGCAGUACAGUACAGAACAAGGCAGCUUUGAUGGUGGAGACCAGGGAGUUCUGAAUGGCUACUUCAGUAACUGGGCGACAUCGGACAUAUCCAGACGCCUCCCCUUCAUCUACAACUUGAGCAGUGUGGCCAUCUACACCUACAUGCCAGCGUUCCUGAAGUAUGGUCGCGAUGCAAAGAUUGUCCACUUCCUUGGACAGACUAAACCAUGGAACUAUACGUACGAUCCAAAAACAAAGCAAAUGUCCAGGGAUGUGCACGAAGGAAGUGCACAUCCCAACUUCUUGCUGGAAUGGUGGAGGUUGUACUCCAGCAACGUGGUGCCAAAGCUGCAGGAGCAAUACGGAGAACAGCCCUUCCACUCCGGCUGUGUUGAGUUCCAGUACGGUGAGAUGGUAACAUUGACAGAUACACAGAAGGAAAGCAUCUCCUGGCAAGCGCAACCUCAAGCAUCAGCAGAAAAUGUGUUGUCCUCGGUGGAACGGAAGCAGAAAUGGGAACAGGGUCAGGCGGACUACAUGGGAAGAGACUCGUUUGACAACAUCCAGCAGAAGCUUGAUACUUUCCUCAAAUGAAUGAGAGAUGAAGCAGAGUAUAAAGCAAGCACUUUUGAGUGUCAUGGACUGAUCCCAACAGUGUUCAUGAUGACGUUUGGUCACCUACCUUUUUUUUCUCAUCUCGGGUUAGUUGAGUCGCACAAUCACAACUUCCAGUUUACUCCAGAAACACUGUUGAUAAAAAAAAAAAGAGAAAUAUAUUUGAGGAAAAUAAUGUGAAUGAAAUGCGCACACUCCUCACAUGAACGAUUUCCAACAAAAAAUAUAUAUAUUCAAAGAGUUUUUUUAUUGUUAAAUAUUUAUCCUUUUUAAGAAAGCAGAUGUGAAUUGCGCGAACAAGUAUUAACGGGCUACAAACUUAGUUUGGUCAGCCGUAGCUGUGCCUUUACGACACUCUUUUGUCCUCCCUCGUCUUUACUGCCACUGCUUGUGUUGCUGGGUUAUAGGAUUUAUAAGCUGUUUCACAUGGACGUUUGCUGUAUCACAGAGUUUUACAUCUGAAGAAUAAAGACUCUA